AUGGCGCCCGCGACCGCGCUCCGGGGCGAUGGACGCUCGAGCGAGAUGCUGCGAAGACAACGCUUGCACCGACACUACGUCGCGGGCGCGCACGGGAGCGCGGAGUACGCCAUCGACGGUACGAUCGUCGUCGCCACCGUGCACGGGCCGCAAAAAGUGAAACCUUGGCGCGAAGAGGUCGAGCGCGGGAUCGUGGAGUUUGAACUCACGAGCGCGAGCGGGAUGACGAGAGAGGAAGAAAGAGCGUGCGAAGCGCGCGUGCGAGGGGCGAUCGAGGCGACGGUGGUGCGGUAUGAUUUUCCGAGACUCGGCUUGCGAGCGACGGCGCGAAUCGUGAGCGACGACGGUAACGCCGAGGCGGCGUGCGUGAACGCGCUUUGUUGCGCGCUCAUAGACGCGGAUGUGGCCAUGCAUGGGUUGAUAUGUGCGAAUGCGUGCGCGAUAUUGAGCGAUGGGACGAAGGUGAUCGACCCGACGAAGCGAGAGGAAAACGAAGCGAGGGCGGUGGUGCGCGCGUGCGCGCUGAGCAAGUAUAGAGAAAAGGAGGAAAUCGCCAUAGUCGGGUGCUCCACGACCGGUGCGUUGACUGAGGAAGAGUAUUUAGAAUCUAUAGCGUUCAUCGUCGACGCCACGGCGUCGGUUGUGAACUUCCAAAAGAAGUCAAUAGCGCGAUUCGAGCUCGAAGGGAAAUUCCAAGAGGACGGAACAAAGGAAGCGAAGCGAGCGAAGACGGCGAGCGAAGACACGCCGAUGGAAGGGAUGGAAAACAAGCCCAUAGGGUGA